AUGGAUUCUCACAUCUUUUUGCUCCUCACUUUAUACAUUCUACUCAUACUAUCAAUUUCAAAUGCUUCAACAAUAUCAAAUCAAAAAAUUCAAGAAUCAUUCCCAAUUUGUGUUGCAAAGCAAUCCAAAACCCUAAUCCCUCAAAACUCAACAACCACCAACAACAACUUCUUCACUACAAAGUCUCCAUCAUACACCACAAUCUUCGAGUCCACCGCCCAAAAUCUCCGUUGCUCGUCUCCUUCAAUGCCGAAGCCGAUCCUAAUCUUCACGCCGUUAUCCGAAUCUCACGUCCAAGCCGCAGUCGUAUGCGCCAGAGCGCUCGGGAACAUCCAGCUCCGCCUCAGAAGCGGGGGCCACGACUACGAGGGCAUCUCCUACACCUCCCAACUCCUCAAAUCACAAUCGCCGCCGUUCGUUCUGAUCGACCUCCGGAAUCUCAGGACCGUCAAUGUCAGCAUACCGGAAAAUGCAGCGUGGGCCCAGGCCGGCGCAACCAUCGGCGAGCUCUACUACAGAAUCUCGCAGAAAAGCCGAACCCACGGCUUCCCGGCCGGCAUAUGCACCGGCUUAGGCGUCGGCGGGCAUAUAACCGGCGGGGGCUACGGUGCGCUGAUGAGGAAAUACGGGCUCGGAGCUGAUAAUGUGAUCGAUGCAAGAAUCGUCGACGCGAAAGGGAAUAUUCUCGACCGGAAAACAAUGGGGGAGGAUCUUUUUUGGGCAAUACGAGGAGGCGGAGGAGGAAGCUUCGGUAUUAUAUUAGCAUGGAAAGUGAGAUUGGUUAAAGUUCCAUUAAUAGUUACCGUUUUCACAGUUUCGAAAACAGUUGACCAACAAGAUCGACAAGGCGGGAAUAAAAUACUCGAAAAAUGGCAGAAAGUUGCAGACAAAAUCGACGAGAAUCUCUUCAUCAGAGUCAUCAUACAACCUACGAACGCCGACAAUAACACGAGGAGCAUACAAACAAUCUACAGCGCACUGUUUCUCGGCGGGGCGAAGAAGCUUCUAGAAACAACGAACGCGGGUUUCCCCGAACUGGGCCUGACGAAAGACGACUGCGUCGAGAUGAGCUGGAUCGAGUCGGUUCUGUACAGCGUCGGCUACCCGAGAAACACGUCUCCGGCGGUUCUGCUGCAAGUGGGGCCCUCCCCCUUCAGAAACUACUUCAAAGCCAAGUCGGAUUUCUUCAAGCAGCCGAUUCCGGAAAACGGGCUAAACGGACUGUGGAAAAUAUUCCUCGAGGAGGAAUCGCCGAUCAUGAUAUGGACCCCGUACGGCGGGAUUAUGAGCAGGAUACAGGAAACAGAAACGCCGUUCCCGCAUCGAAACGGCUUCGUAUUCAUGGCUCAGUACCUCACGACGUGGCGGAGCGAUAACGCGUCGGUGCGUAGCGAGCGGUACGGGUGGAUGAGGAGGUUGUACGGUUACAUGGGCGGUUAUGCUUCGAAGUUUCCGAGGGAGGCUUAUGUGAACUACAGGGAUGUAGAGCUCGGGAUGAACAGGGGUAGAUUGGGGAAUACGAGUUUUGUUGAUGGGCAAAAAUGGGGAGUUAAGUAUUUCAAGGGCAAUUUCAAGAGGCUGGCCCGGGUGAAAUCGAGCGUUGAUCCUGAUAACUUCUUCUGGCAUGAGCAGAGUAUUCCCGUUUUGCCCUUGGGGAUGUCCUAGAGAU